AUGCAACAUAUUUCAAUUGUUCACGAUUAUGUAGUGCUUUACUCCAAGAGGAUAUAUCAAAAAGAUAAAAGAUGGGCAGACGGAAGAUUGAAAUACUUCGAGUUUAAUCGAAAACUUGAGGUGAUAUCAGACGAUGGACUUCUCGUCUCCUCGGACUUCCUACCGUUGGAAAAGAGUUUAUUGAAAUCAGAUGGGCCAUUUGAGUUAGGAGAAAGCUACGUGUUGCCAAAUGGGGGUGUCAUGGUAGAAUUCGUGGAAUAUAACGGAAGUUCCAGUAGAGACAUCACUAGCUCUCUCAAAAAACCACCGGUGAAACGAAAUGUUUCAGCAAAAGAGCAGCAGCAUGAAUCACGCAAACAGUCAAGUGUACAAGAAAUUAUGAUUCCAGCAACCGAUUCCAAAAUAGAGCAAAGAUUGACGAGCCGCUUUGUAACAGGGAGUAAACCUCCCUUGACAAAAUUGACAUCCCUGGGUCUCAAUAGUCCAAAGAGUCUGAGAACUCGUUUUGACCUAAGGAAUCUUUCCUCAGACGAGAUAAGCCGCAGGUUUAAUUUGUGGGAUGAAAGAGUUCUGAGGUCGAAUUUCAGAAUACAAAAGGGCUCCAGUAGGAUUUUGAGCCUACUCAAUAAAACCGGUCAGCUGCCACAAAAUUUCUUGACCUAG